AUGACCACAACGGCUGACAACAACCCCGCCAUGCCUCUUCCCGAGCUGACUCUCAUCGUCGCCGCAACAUCGAAAAUGGGCAUCGGACUACGUGGCACACUCCCUUGGACGGGCUUGAAGAAAGAAAUGGCAUACUUUGCCCGCGUAACGAAGAGAGCGCCGAGUCCAGGCGUAACAAAUACGGUGAUAAUGGGCCGCAAAACCUGGGACAGCAUACCUCCACGCUUCCGCCCUUUGAAAGAGCGGCAAAAUAUCGUUAUCUCACGCUCCCUCGAACGUUCCUCAUCUACCGAAUCCCAAACAGUAGGCUCUCUUCCCGAAGCCCUUGCUCUACUAUCUCAACAAUCAACAGCAUCCGAAUCCGGAUCUAAGACGGGGAAGGCGUUCAUAAUCGGAGGUGCACAGAUAUACGAAGCGGCAUUGGAGCUGAAACAGGCAAGACGGAUAUUGUUGACGCGGAUAUUGAGUGAUUUUGAAUGCGAUACCUUCUUCCCGGUGGAGCUACCCGAGAGCGGGGAGGGGAGUGGGUGGCGGAGGAGAGGGCAAGAGGCUUUGGAUGCGUGGGUGGGGGAAAGUGUUUAUGGGGAGGUGCAGGAGGAGGCAGGAACGAAAUACGUUUUUGAGAUGUGGGAAAGGGAUAAUUAG